CCAAGUGGCCCCACAAAACAUAUAUAGGAAAGGGAAAAAAAAGAAAGAUUGCCAAGUCAACAGCAUCACAAUUAUGUGGAGCCAGUUAUCCUCGGGUGUUUGCUUGAAUUGCUUAGGCAAUUAGUAUUGUUAGACCUGCUCACUUAUCUUUCCAUUCAUCCGUCUGCUGUUAACCUGCCUACCAUGGCGAUUUCUGCUGCAUCUCAUCGUUCUACUGCCCUUCAAGCCUUAGUUGUAUUCUCUGUGCUUGCAGUUCUUGUUGCAGAUGUAGAGGGACGACACCAUGCAGACUGUCCUCCUUUCUCUUGCGGCCGUCUUAGAGGCGUGUCUUAUCCUUUCCGUCGGCGAGAUGAUCCACCUGGGUGCGGUGUUCAAUCCUACGAGCUGGCCUGCACUGAUGCCAAGGCUACAAUUCGCAUCGGCAGUGGAACAUACAACGUGGUUAGCAUCAACCAUACUGGUUCUACUUUCUGGGUUGUCGAGGUAAACUUGGGUAUGCAGAGCAGGUGCCCUCUUCCACGGUGGGAUCACCAUGCUUUCGAUCUCGAAUACAAGUCCCUUAGCAUGUCACACCGCAGCAUCGAAUUGGCCCCAUAUCCUAGACGGACAACGUGGGCGACCUUUGUGAAUUGUUCAAAGCCAAUAGAGAACAAUGUAAUGUACAAGCCAGUCGCUUGCCUGAGCACCAACUCUAAUUUCAUCUAUGUGUUGACGAGCAUUUUCUCUCCUGCUGCUAUAAAUUUCGAGCCCUCAUGUGGUUACCUGGCCAUGACUCCUUUGAGUGGUCCGGAGAAUGCAAUCUAUGCAGAUAUCGUGAAAUUCAUGCGGAAAGGAUUUGCCCUUCGAUUUCCUUAUACGGAUUAUUUGGACUUCAGACAGUGCGUGGUGGAGAUCACUAGUCAAUUCCGUGAACCAACGGAUAGUACUGGCAUCAAGGAUCGGGUCGUGAGCAUUCUUACGAUUGACUUAAUUUUCUGGCAUUGCGUACUUGAACAACUGGCGUUUCUUGUUGGUGCUCAUCGGCUUCGUGCUGCUGCGUUGGUGCUCACUGGCCUGGAUAUAGUGUUUCCUCUUGCGAUGUGGUUUCUGAAGUUUAUUGCUGUUAUUUGCAGGUUCUUGUUGGUGCCGCUGGCAAUAUUUACCUUCCUUGCCCACAAGUACUGGAAAACAAGAAUAACGAUCGAUGCAGUCGAGAAGUUUCUGCAAAUGCAACAAAUGCUCGGUCCAACGAGAUACGCCUACACAGACAUCACUGCGAUCACGAGCCAUUUCAGAGAGAAGCUCGGCCAAGGAGGCUACGGCUCCGUGUACAAGGGUGUGCUACUCCCAGGCGGUGUCCAUGUCGCCGUCAAGAUGCUGCUGGGAACCUCCAACUGCAACGGAGAAGAGUUCAUCAGCGAGGUGGCCACCAUUGGCAGGAUUCACCACGUCAAUGUGGUGCGCCUCGUGGGGUUCUGCUCUGAGGAAAUGAGGAGGGCUCUUGUCUAUGAGUACAUGCCCAAUGGUUCUCUCGACAAGUACAUUUUCUCAUCAGAGAAGAGUUUCUCCUGGGACAAGCUCAAUGAGAUUGCUUUGGGCAUUGCCAGGGGGAUCAACUACUUGCAUCAAGGGUGUGACAUGCAGAUUCUACACUUUGAUAUCAAGCCGCACAACAUCCUUCUUGACAGCAACUUUGUUCCAAAAGUUGCAGAUUUCGGGCUCGCCAAACUAUUCCCAAGGGAUAACAGUUUCGUGCCACUAAGCGCUAUGCGGGGAACGAUCGGAUAUAUAGCUCCAGAGAUGGUGUCCCGGAGCUUUGGCGCCAUAUCCAGCAAAUCCGAUGUGUACAGCUUCGGGAUGCUGCUAUUGGAGAUGGCUGGAGGGCGCAGGAACGCCGACCCGCAUGCAGCCAACUCGAGUCAGGCAUACUACCCAUCGUGGGUGUAUAGCCGGCUGUCUCGACAAGAAGUGGAUGAGAUCAGUGACGCCGUCGAUAUGCACGAGUUGGAGAAGAAGCUGUGUAUUGUUGGACUCUGGUGCAUCCAGAUGAAGCCUCAUGAUCGGCCGACGAUGAGCGAGGUCAUAGAGAUGCUUGAAGCUGGCGUCGAUGGCCUGGAAAUGCCUGCGAGGCCAUUCUUCUGUGAUGAUGAGAACAUUGUUGCGGUGGCUUCUUACUAUAUGUCCUCCGAAAUGACUGCAAUAUCAGAGGAGGAGGAGUGACGUACAAAUGUGUGUGCGCGCCUUAAAUGUAUGAGGUGAAGCUCAGGUCAAGAAAAAAAAAAAACUAGAAGAGAAGGUCCUGGCUUGUGACAGGCGCAGGUAACAGUUGUACCCAGUACGUAGUUAAUCUACUAUAUAUCCUUUGAACAUAAUGAGAAACACAUGUUGUUUUCCAUGAGGAAGAUAGAGGAUUGCAAGAGAUGUAUUCCUGCAAAAAAAUCCAAUUGUCGUAUUCAUGCUAAGACUGAGUUCUGAAAUUCCUUGUA